GCAUCCAACUAGAGUGUGCCAUGCCCACGGUUUUCAACAGAAACCCAACGAUCUGCUAAUAAAUGGAACUGCUAGUUGCUAGCGAGGCCAUCAAUAAGCAUUUUGUUUUCUGUUUAUUUAACUAGCGGCUGUGUUUUCAUGGGAAAUGUAUUAGCAAGCUAACGUCAGAUAGCGCAAUAACUGCGCCAAAAAUGAGGCGAGAUUCAAUCGAAUGCUGCACUGCUAGCUAGUCAGCCAAAUCUGACUGGGGAAUGGUCAUUGCUCAGUUUGCCAGCAUCACAUCUCUUGACACAUCACGAAGCCGUUCAGCUAUCGAGACAUAACGCUGGAAACUAGCUAGCGUUUAGUUGGAUAGAAAAAGGAGGACGAGCAUUUGCUGGGAAGUGGUGACUGUGCCAUUGCAAGACUGGCCAUAUGGAUGCGUUGCCUUUGUGUGCAUUUUAUUGACAAUUGUGGCUUGGCUCUAGCUAGGGGGCGGACGGCUGGCUACGUUAGCUAACUAGCUUAUUGGAUGUCGCGACAGUGCAGUUAGCCCCGUUCGUUGUGUCAGGCCAAGGACCAGGGGACGCACGAACCCAAGUCAGUGAACAGGGGGUAUCGCAAUCGAGGCGGGUAAUAGGGAUAGUUAGCUAGCUAGCUAGUUGUCCAACUAGCUAGCUAACGUGAGAAAUCUAAACAAGGCUUGAAGCGCGCAUCAACGGAGAGAGGCCCUCAACACACCCCCUCGCACCGACACUGCCCCCUCUUCGCCGAUCCUCCCGUGAUUUGCUGAGAUCUGUACACGGGUGAAGUCGGACAGUUCUCGGUUGGGGACAACUUGACAGCGAGGCCCCUAGCUCCCCUCCCCCAUUCCCAUCCAAGACCCCUCAGUCCACCUCCUCGCCAGACAUUAGAAGCGAGGAUCGGGAUAUUAGAUACCUAGCUAAAGUUAACCCAACCAGCUAGUCCAUUCUAACCCGCGGGCUGCCAAAACCAGGAGGGAUGACUUUGGAGUCGAUGAUGGCUUGCUGCCUGAGCGAAGAGGCGAAGGAAUCGAAACGAAUCAAUGCGGAGAUAGACAAACAACUCCGGCGAGACAAGCGGGACUCGAGGAGAGAACUGAAAUUGCUCCUUCUCGGUACAGGAGAGAGUGGGAAGAGUACAUUCAUCAAGCAGAUGAGGAUCAUCCACGGGGCGGGCUACACAGAGGAGGACAAGAGGGGUUUCAUCAGGCUGGUGUACCAGAACAUCUUCACCUCCAUGCAGUCUAUGAUCAAAGCCACAGAGAACCUCAAGAUCCCCUUCAAAUACGAACAGAACCGGUCUAAUGCCAUGUUAGUGAAGGAGGUGGACAUAGAGAAGAUCUGUGGUUUCGACCAGCCCUACAUCAGCGCCAUCAAGACCCUGUGGGCCGACCCUGGGAUACAGGAGGCCUACGACAGACGCAGGGAAUACCAGCUUUCAGACUCCACUAAAUAUUACCUUAGUGAUAUAGACCGCGUCACCGCGGAGGGAUAUGUUCCUACUCAGCAGGAUGUGCUUCGUGUCCGGGUCCCCACCACGGGAAUCAUAGAGUACCCGUUUGACCUGGAGAACUGCAUCUUCAGGAUGGUGGAUGUAGGGGGUCAAAGGUCAGAGAGGAGGAAGUGGAUCCACUGCUUUGAGAACGUCACUUCCAUCAUGUUCCUGGUAGCCCUCAGCGAGUACGACCAAGUCCUGGUGGAGUCUGACAACGAGAACCGUAUGGAGGAGAGUAAGGCGUUGUUCAGGACCAUCAUCACAUACCCCUGGUUCCAGAACUCCUCAGUCAUCCUGUUCCUCAACAAGAAGGAUCUGCUGGAGGAGAAGAUCUCAUACUCCCACCUGGUCGACUACUUCCCUGAGUUUGAUGGUCCCCAGCGAGAUGCCCAGGCGGGCCGGGAGUUUAUCCUGAAGAUGUUUGUGGACCUGAACCCGGAUAGCGACAAGAUCAUCUACUCCCACUUCACCUGCGCCACGGACACCGAGAACAUCCGCUUCGUCUUUGCUGCCGUCAAAGACACCAUCCUGCAGCUCAACCUCAAAGAAUACAACCUGGUCUGAGAGACUCUUGCACGCAAACACACACUCUUCCCAGUUGCACAGCUUAGCCUACACACACACACUUAUGAAGCUUACACACACCUACAAAUCUAGUUGAUCUUUCCCCCUCCUGCUUUUCACUCCAGCGAUUUAAGACCCCCCUCUUCCUAUAUCUCUCCUCCCAUUCGCUCUCCUAUUCCUUCCCUAUUUUCUAUCCUUUUUCCAUAAGCCUGUCCUCUCCCUCGUUCUCAGCAGCUUGUCAGUCUCCUCUUCUCCACACACAUGCCAUGACUACGGGAGGGGACAAUUGUGUGUGUGUGUGUGUGUGUGUGUGUGUGUGUGUGUGUGUGUGUGUGUGUGUGUGUGUGUGUGUGUGUGUGUGUGUGUGUGUGUGUGUGUGUGUGUGUGUGUGUGAAGGUGAGGAAGAGGACCAGUGCGGUCAGUGAACUGUGGGUCUUUAACCCUUGAACCCUCAGUCAACUGACCUGAGAUCACAUCCUCUGAUUGGUGGAAGGAGUGACCCAACCGCACUCUAUAACGGAGGGGCUAUAGACUGGGAGGGGGGUGGAGACGAUGAGGUAACCGAAAGAAGCCACCAGGACGCGAGCAGGAAGUGAUGUCACACAGAAGUGAGGGGGCAGACCAAGGAUUCUGUUUCCACCUCGCAUCGAUGAAUGUAUACUCUAAGUGAGCAUCGCAAACGCAAAAAAAUAUAAUUAAAUAUGUUAUAAAGAAAUUACGUAUGUAGACAAAUUACACUAAGACUGAAAGCACCAGAGGGAGAGGAAAAAGCAAAUAGAUUAAAUCUGUGUAUCGCUGAGCUUUUUUACAAAUAGUUUUUAAUAAUAGUAACUUGUUGCUAUGUCAACUACUAUCCGACGACUAAGGAGUCGUUUGAAAAGUUAUAGAAGCGGUUAACAAAACAAGAUCUUGUAUUUAAAAAAUUUGCAAAAUAGCCAAAAUAUCACAAAAACAAGAUGGUAAUCAGAAACGGACUAAUUUUAUCCUUUACAGACGGUUGUGGUUGUUCAUGUUUAGGUUUGAUCACAUCGCUUCCCUCCUUCACUGGUUUACUGACUGAUACACCGGAACCUUCCGUUUGACAUCCGCAGUACCACGUUCUGUUUGAUACACGCCACAUUAAGAUUACCGAACAUCCGAUACUUGCUACUAUGUUCUGAUUGGACAGUCGCUGAGGGGGAGGGAGUCAUGUAUGGAUAUGAUGUCAUCACUGUACGGUACAUCAGUCUGUGAAAGAAUGACAUCACGUGUUAAGUCGCCCAGCGACCCAAUUAGAUGUGCUCUGGAGAUUCUGGGCAAUCCAUCCCCACAAAUGACACGGUGGCAUCCAUUAUCCCAGACACACAGGAAGCUUUAUGUUGUUUACCUUCUUUUUUUUACUGUAUAGACACUUUUGUUUGUUGAUGAGAGGUGGUUGUUGAUUGGUGGGAGCAGGAGACGUAAGAUCCUGUCUCCCAGAUGGACAGGCAAGCAUACUCUGAAGUCAAAAAGUUAUUGUUUGUGUAUAUUUCUGUUUGUAAAUACAUGUACACAGAAAGGCUCCUGUACAAAAACACUCUGUGGUACAGUACACCAUCUUUGGCAACAAAAAAAAAAAAUAGAAGAAAAUCCCAUUUUUUUCCUUUUCAAUAGUGUACUGUUUUUGUUUUCCUAUGAAUUUACUAGUAUUUAUACUGUGAUUCUGGAUUUUUUUUAUUAUUGAUAAUCAGUUGAUUAUAAGAGGACUACACACACAGAGGGCUGCAGUGAGAGGAAAGGAACGGUCUCAGAACGGAGGUUUUAAACCAUCAGGAGCCUUCUAUUCUAGAACCUUCAGAACAUUCUAGAUCCUCGGCUCUCCUCUGCAGCUUCUCCCUACAAACACUAGAGCAGAUUAGUUAUUCACAAUAUGUUGACUAAAUACAUGAUAUUAAAAGAGUAACUAAAUAAAGUUUUAAUUUUUUUUUAUUUUAAUUUAUCUAAUAAUUUAUGGAACCAGGUUUGAAGGUGUUGAUAAUUUGACUGCUUUUGUUUCUAUCAUGUUGAAAUGCGGUCGGGGCUAGACUUGAGUCUAAUCUGCUGUAACAAAACAAACGUCUACUAUAGUAUGUACUAAAUCUCUGCUUUCUUUUUUUCUCUUAAGACAAUUCCAGAUGUACUUUGCCAUUCUAUCUAUAUCCAUGUAAAAUUCUAUGGUUUUCUUCUCACAUUAAGUCACUUUGUUUCGUUUCAUUGAUGAAAACUUGUAUUUCUCCUCUUGGGUUUCUAAUAGGCACAGCUCUGUAACUGCAUACAUAGGAAAUGUACCAUAUGAACGUAGGUGAAUUUUUAUAACCAGUGAUUGGAGACCAGUACGGUCUAUGCUUGCUCUGUCGUUGUAAUUUAAACACAGUUUGCGUUGUCGUUGGUUUGAGUUGUUUUAGUUCAAGUUCCGAGGCUUGCUUUGAUAGAACCAGUGACGUUGCAGAUCUACUUUUGAAACUCUUUCUACAGGCAACUUUUUCUUCAUUAUUCUCAUUAAGGGCUAUCGCCAUGCAUCAGACAGUCAGGCAGAUGGGGGAGAUAACUAGUAAAGGACAGGGCUCAAUUCGGUUUUCAAUUCAUGAGGUGACUGGAAAUUCAAUGAGUGAAUUCAAAAAUCUUAGAAAGCGAUGGGCAGUAGAGGACAAGGUUGCGUUCUGUCCUCAAGGGCUGCAGUCUUGCUGUUUUUUUCUGUUGCCUUCUAACCAAAAACGGAUUUCUACCUGUGAAAUCAGGUGUUUGCAAUCUCCAGACGAUUGGUAACAUUCAUUGAUCAAGUAAAUGCCGGGGAGAAAUGAAAGCCAGCAGGAAUGCAGACUUCGAAGCCCUGGGUUGUGCACCCCUGGUUUUAGGUUCACAGUCAACUAAGCCAUUCACAAAGACAGUGUGUGAAUGCAGCUGUGGUAGGAUACAUGACCAACACUACCAUUCAUUUUUUUACUUUCUCUUUCUCUGGAUCAACAGUGGAUCACACAAGCUUCCAGCUCCGAAUGAGGGAAUCUGUCAAGCCCCAAGUUCCCUACUUCACUGUUUGAUGCGUGAUCGUGGAUCAGCUUACCCUCCCUCAAUGCUAACCUUAAAGGCCCAGUGCAGUCAAAUGUGAAUUUCCUGUGUUUUGUAUAGAUUUCCACACUAAGUUUGGAAUAAUACUGUGAAAAUGGUGAUAAUGCUAUUUUAGUGUAAGAGCUGUUUGAAAAGACCACCUGAAAUUUCUGCCUGUUUUGGUGGGUUUGAGUUUUGGUUUGUCUGUUUGAUAUCACCAUGCGGUAAAUUAGUUGUUAAACCACUUUUUUUUUAACGUUUCAAACCUCUACCAAUAACAGCUAGUUUUCAGUUUUCCCCUCGCCAUUCAGACCACCACUUCCAGACAGUCCUAGCAAAAUUCAUGCUUGAGAAAUUACUCUUGCUAAGAAGCAGUUUUUUUUUGUGACCAUUUUGAGUAAAAACAAUCACAUUAGGGUACUUAAUUGUUACAAAAAAUUACUUGAUUUUGAGGUCAAAAUGUCUGCAUUGGGCCUUUUAUCCAUUUAAAGGGGGGGGGGGGGGGGGGGGUGCAAAACUGACCUUAGAUUUUUUUUUACCUUUAUUUAACCAGGCAAGUCAGUUAAGAACAAAUUCUUAUUUUCAAUGACGGCCUGGGAACAGUGGGCAACUGAUUGAGAACUAAUCAUGGUCUUGAAUUUAGACCACAACUAGUUGAACCAAGUGUGUUAGUGUUGUACUGGAUCUAAAGCCUGCACACUGCAGCCAGUAUUCGAGGAUAUUAUCCAAGUAUGACAUUCAGUAUUUCAUUCGGUGUUGACCUGCCCACAAACAAUGUGUUGAAUACAACUCGCAUACCAAACAGCAAGCACUUAGGCUCCUGUACUGCCUCCACAAUGAAGGGUGAAAACAGCCCUAACUACAAUCAUCUGACUUGGUGAUUAAUCAGUCAUAUUUAUAGGAAACACUACUAAUCUCUUGUUUACCACUUCCUGUGGGUUAAUUGGUUGGCUCUCCUGAAGUGUCUGCACAUUAGGGCCCAGAGUUGUUCCUAGGCUGUAACUAGGACCCAGAGUUUUACCUGGUCAGAUUAACAUGGACAUGGUGCAUAUUGAGAACUUAGCUUGACUUCUUUCCUUUCAAUCUUUUUUGUAAGAUAAAAAAAUAUUACCGGAACACUAUUGUAUUUAGGACCACUUGAUUUAUUUUUUAAUCUAAGGAAACCUGAGGGUUAAAUGUUUUAGUUGGUGUAUAAAAUAUACAAUGCUGUUUUUGUUUUUCUUUAUUUUGUAUGUAAACCAAAUGUAAAUGAUGUAUUAUACUGUGUGCCAACCCAACUCUCUCUAGAGCCAGGCUCUCUCUCUCUUAAGUGCCAACGCUGACAUCAUCAUCAGGGGACAGCCAUCUUGGAUGGUCCCAUUUUUAAGAACACCAGAGACCUAAACACCUGGCAUGUUUGACUACGCCACCCCUAACGAAAACUAUAAGUACACUUUUUUUUUUAAAUUGUGUAAUUAUACAAUUGCAUGUAUUUAGUGUUGGGAGGAGGUGAGGGCUCAGAAAAAUGUAUUGGCUGAUGCAGAGACCUUGAUGAAAGGGUGGAAUCGGUUAUUGAUUGAUCGGUUGGUUAUUAUGGAUUAUUGAUUUGCAUUACUCUCGCCAUAUUUUUUUUUAAAAUUUUUUUAUGUGUGUUUUCAUGCAUUUGUUUCAACCACUGUUGCCUGAUCCUCAUUCAAACAUGAACAUGAUUUAUUACGAUCAUCGUCGCCUUCUAAGAGAGAACAUAAUGACAAGGUAUCUGUUUUAAAUUGAAAUAAAUUUGUUCGUAUACUUGCUGA